AAAGUAAGUUAUAAUAUAUCUACUAUCUAAAUCUAGAUCUACACAGAUCAAGAUUUACACACGCGGUUUUAAAUCUCGAUCUAUUUAAUUAGAUCUAGAUAAAUUUAUAUAUCCCGAAAGCUGCAAUGAUUUUUUGAAGAACAAUCUUCAGGUGAAGACAACCUUGAUUUUUUUCAAUAAGCUAUGGGUCCUUACUGGUGAUAUAAAAAAGACAGCAGAUAUAGGGAACAUUGGAACUCAACCUCAAACUCCAGCUUUGAAUCUGUGUGUCUUCCCCAGAUUGGACCAGGUCCUACACACAGUCACUCCAAAAUACUAUUGAAUUGAUAUGCUUAAAAAAAUUCAAAGCAUAAUUUACAAAUUCAACCAGAGCCUCUUGAGAAUGGCAGAAAAUACACUAAACCUUACUUCUAAAAGGGCAACAGAUCAAGCAGAAAACAACAUUCCUAAGAAAAAAACUAAAAAGCAAAUUGGCUCACUUGGACAAUCUGAAGGAUGUAGAAGAAAAAUUGCUAUGGUUGUAGCCUACAAUGGCAAAGGUUAUUUUGGCGUCCAGGUCAAUCCUGGCUUUCAAACUAUUGAAAGUGAUAUCUUACCAGCUUUAUCUAAAAUUGGGGCCAUAACACAGGCAGAAGCAGAAUGUCCUGCAAAAAUGUGGUUCCAGCGGGGAUCCCGUACAGAUAAAAAUGUCUCAGCAGCUGGUCAAAUAUUUAGCUUAAAGGCUGUGCUGGUUCCAGAUUUAAUAAUAAAAUUAAAUGAAGAACUGCCACCUCAGAUUAGAGCUUUUGGUUUUGUUCGAACAACUAAUGGUUUUGACUCCAAGAACUGGUGUGAUAGUCGAACAUACAUGUAUAUGACACCAACUUUUGCUUUUGCACCUAUAGAAAAGUUUAUAACAGAUGAUUACAGAACAACAUCGGACAUUCUAGAAAGAAUAAGAGCAAUUUUGAAAAAAUUUGUCGGAACACACAAAUUUCAUAAUUUUACUUCUGGAGUAAAAUAUGAGGAAGCUUGUGCCAAACGUUAUAUUAUCAAUUUUGAGUGUUCAGAUCCAUAUGUGAGGGAUGGGAUUGAGUUUAUCACCAUAAGAGUUAAAGGUCAAAGUUUUAUGAUGCACCAAAUACGAAAAAUGAUUGGUUUAACAAUGGCUAUUGUUAGAGGAUACUGUCCUGAGUCAACUAUUGAAGCUUCAUGGGGCCCUGAAAAGGUUGAUGUACCGAAAGCAUCUGGCCUUGGUUUGGUUCUGGAAGAGCUCCACUUUUUGGGAUAUAACAAAAAGUUUGGUUGUGAUGGCAUCCAUGAGCCUAUUGAUUGGUCAAAGCACAAAGAAGACAUGGACAAGUUUAAAGAGGAACAUAUAAUAUCCAGCAUAGUAGCUCAGGAGAAAGAAGAAAGAGUCACAUUCAAUUGGUUAAGGACUUUACAGAAUCAUAAUUUUGACCAAAAUAGGCUGUAUGGCCCAGAGCAUCCUUGGUAUUUUAUGCACAAGAAAUUGAAAAAAAUGUCUCCAAAAGGAACAAAUGAAAAUGAAGCAGCAUCAGUUGUACAACAUUCUCAGGAGCCAGAUCUUGAAAAUCAACAAACAGACACAUCUAGCCUGGUAGACCACAGUGAGAAAUCUAUAACUCUAGAACCUAUUCUAUGCUCUGAAAGAACAUUUAAUGUCUGUUCUAAAAUGACAGACCCAUCUAGUUCAGCAUUUGAUUGCCAGACAUCACAAAGUUUAGAGUCAACUCAAAAUUCUGAAAGAACUAUAGAGAUUUUCUCCAAUGACACCGAAAAUCAUUUCAAUAAUGUCCAUGAUAAGGUUAAAUUAGAGUCAGAGGAAACAAAGAACAACAGGCAAAGUCAAAUAACCUCCAAUUAAUGUUAUGUUAAUGUAAAUUGAUUUUUAUGUAAUCCACCUGCUGUUUUAAUUUUCUUUUAAAUCAAUGAUCAGAUCAAUAAAUUAUACAGUAACUGCA